AGUGAAUUAAUCCAUUAAAAUUCCCCAUCCAAACAUACUAUAAGACUAUUUUAAAAAUUUAAAAUUAGAAUGAGGACGAGGACGAGUAUAAGACAAGUAAAUAUAUACACAUUCAUGUUUCUUUUUCAAAUUUAAUAAAUUAAGUAAUAUCUAUAUCUAUAUUUAUAUGGUCAAAUUGAAUAUCCUUUACCAAAAUUGAUACGAGUUAAAACAUUAUCCAAAAAAAUACGAGUUUAUUUAUCAUUUUUAAUACAACAUUCAUAAAGUUUUUGUCAUACUCAUGGGCCAUACUAACGAUGAAGACAAAAGAAGGCAGCAGGCCAGCAUAUUGUCCAAUAUAAGCCUCCUUCGGUCCUAAAACAAUUUGUGGGAUUAGUUAUAAACAAAUUUGAAUUCGUUCUUUGAUUCUUUUGCAACUUGGGUAAUUAUACUAUAGUGAAAGUUAUCAUUUAAAAAAUGAGAUAAUAAAAACAAAUUUUACGUAUUUAUAAGAAAAAAAUGUUUAAUCCUAAAAUUAGUGUCAUUCUCGUCUCUCCUAUUUCUUUCAUUAUCUUGACAUCAUCCCACUUUAGGUAUGCAAAUUAGGAUUCAAGAUGGUAUUAGAUAACUUUAAUAUGAUUAAUGCCUAAUAGAUAUGUAAAGGAAGUAUAUCACAAUGGUGCUUCCAUAGAUUGUUUCGUUUAUGAUAUAAUAUUGUGAUUCUAAUGGUGGUUUGUGGUGGUUAAUGACCUGUAAAGUAAUGUUAACAUGAAUGAAUGAUUAAAGUAGAGAAAAUACGUUUAUUUUUAUUUUAUUGUAUUUUUGGCUAAAGACUUGAAUCAAAAUGUAUGCAAAAGAAAAAAAAAAGUUUGCGAAUUCUAAGAAGAUGGGAUGAGUAUUUAUUUAUUUUUUCAUUCCAAUUAAUUAUCUCCCAAAUUUGUUGUUUUAAUCAAUGUUAUAUAAAUACAACAAAACACUCUAGUGUUACUUGUUGCUUUACAAAAGAUUCCAUAUCAAAACCCUAGGAUAUUAGGUCACAUGUGAUUUCAAAGUUCAAGCAUUUUUAGGACCUUGAUAACUUAUGUAUUUUAAAAUUGACGAUACACUUCUCCCUCCUUACUUUGACUAUCUUCUCUUUCAUUUCUCGUACUAAUAAAAUAGUCUAAAACUAGUCCAUACACAUGCAUAUGCAUACUCCAUAAAAAUCUCUUUUUGACCAUUCAUUCUUUUACCCCACAAAAUUCUUUUCCUUUGCUUUAUGACCGUACAACUAUAUAAGCAAUUCACAAACUUUAAAACCUCCAUUUUGGGGAUCUUUUUAAACCAUCAAUUGAUCCCUCGUUUUUUUUUUUUUUUACUAUUUUUUCAAGGUUAAUUAUUCUGGAAAAACAAAAACAAUUUUCUGAGUAUAUAUGUAAAACUCAAAGGGAUCAUCGAUUCGUAUUCGUGUUCUCCUUCCAUAGAAGUAGUUUGAUGCAUUUUCCAGCAUGGAGCUAUUGUCAAAUGAGCUUUUACAUUCAGAUGAUCACCGUGGAGCACUCCAUUUGCCACCUGUAUUGGAUAUAACAGAUAGAUCCAUGAAACAACUAAAUACUCAUCCAAUUACGACAAAUAAUCAUCAAAAUCUUAGUCGUUCAAUAUUUUUGAAACGAUCACGACAUUGUUACGGCCACCAAUAUUCUCGACGUAACUCUGCCAAUCAUGCAAAUGCAUCAUCAUCUCGUGGAAAAGAAUAUAAAGAGAAAGUGUUUUGUAAACCAGAGAGAAUCCGAUCAAGCUCCUUAGGGAUGGAUGCAAUAUCACUAGAUAAAAGAGAAAUGGUUUGUGGGAUUUGUGAGAAACUACUGAAUCGAAAAAUUAAUUUUAUGGGGAGUUCAAUGUCUUGCUGUGAGCUUUCAGUUGUGGCAGUUUUAGUAUGUGGUCAUGUUUAUCAUGCAAAUUGUUUGGAGAAGAGAACUAAAUUUGAAGAACUGCGCGAUCCACCAUGCCCUGUGUGUUCGAGUUUACUCGCGCAUGGCCAUGACAAUAAUUGACAACAAUUGUUCCCAAGAAGAUCAUAUGAAUGUCACAAAUUUUGAUCUUGAUCAUAGUUUUGUGGAAGAAAACAAAAGGAAAGAUAUAUAUGUCAUUUUGUUGCAAUUGAAUUGUAAGAGCUAGGUUAAAGAUCUUGUAAAUUGACAUGAUUUCUGAAUUAUCCACAGGGUUUGUGGAUUAAGAAUAAUUUGUAAUUUAUUUUAAUACUUUUUUAAGUUUCACAAGGUUAUUAUAGUAUUUGAGAACUUAAUUAUUUGGCUAUUUUAAUUUAGCAACAAUUUAGAAACUAUAGAAAUUGCAAAUAUU